CAUUAACGAAGCUCACAAAGAAAGGGGCCAAGUUCAUAUGGGACUACAAGUGUGAGAAAGGGGUUCCUUGAACUGAAGAAACGACUUACCGAAGCACCAGUCCUCGCCCUACCCAUACAGGGGAUAGGGUAUGAUAUUUACAGCGAUGCUAGCAUCCAAGGGCUUGGAUGUGUUCUGAUGCAAAACGGUAAGGUGAUUGCCUAUGCUUCUAGACAAUUGAGGAAACACGAGGUGAACUACCCUACCCACGAUCUGGAGUUGGGGGCGGUAGUGUUUGCACUAAAGAUUUGGAGACAUUAUCUCUACGGGGAGACAUGUCACAUUUAUACAGAUCGUAAGAGCUUGAAGUAUGUAUUCACUCAGAAAGAGUUGAAUAUGAGGCAGAGGAAAUGGAUGAAGUUGAUCAAGGACUAUGACUUGAUCAUUGACUAUCAUCCCGGAAAGGCCAAUGUAGUGGCCGACGCACUGAGCAGGAAGAGUACGUCAGGGACGUUAGUUACUUGUCUGCAGGCAUUGAGGGCACGCGUGGAGGUGUCCACGUGCGGGGCUCUCAUUGCUCAAUUUGAGGUUAGGCCCACCCUAUUGGGCGAGAUUAGUCGAAGUCAAGCCAUUGAUGAGGAAUGUCAGAAGAUCCGUGAAAGGAUCCUUGAAGGACCCGUCGAGAAUUUUCGGGUACGUGAUGACGGUCUUUUAUUGUUUAAGGAUCGUGUGUGCAUACCAAGGAAUGAGGGACUCCAGAAAUCUAUACUUGAGGAGGCUCAUUCUUCAGCUUAUGCUAUGCAUCCAGGAGGUACUAAGAUGUACCGAGAUUUGAAGGAAAGUUACUGGUGGUCAGGUAUGAAGAGAGACAUCGCCGAGUAUGUGAGUCGGUGCCUUACUUGCCAGCAAGUUAAGGCAGAACAUCAGCACCCGGCAGGGCUUUUGCAGCCACUCACCAUCCCAGAGUGGAAGUGGGAGCACGUGACCAUGGACUUCGUGGUGGGGCUACCACGAACGGUGAACAACUAUGAUGCAGUUUGGGUAGUGGUUGAUAGGCUCACCAAGAGUGCACACUUUUUGCCUAUCAACAUUACUUAUCCUCUUGAAAGAUUGGCCAAGCUAUACACAGAGGAGAUUGUGAGAUUACAUGGAGUCCCAAUAUCCAUUGUCUCGGAUAGGGAUCCACGAUUCACAUCCCGAUUUUGGCCAAAGUUUCAAGCAUCGUUGGGUACUAAACUGAGGUUUAGCACAGCUUUUCACCCACAGACGGAUGGACAGUCUGAGCGGGUGAUACAGAUUUUGGAAGACAUGCUUAGGGCGUGUGCGCUGGAGUUCCAAGGAAGUUGGGACAAGCAUUUGGCCCUAGUGGAGUUUGCUUAUAACAACAGUUAUCAAGCAAGUAUCGGCAUGCCUCCAUAUGAGGCAUUGUAUGGGAGGAAAUGCAGAACACCUUUGUGUUGGGACGAGGUUGGCGAGGCUAAACUCGAAGGGAUAGAACUGGUUGAGAUCACCAAGGCCAAGGUGAGGAUCAUUCGGGAUAGACUGAAGGCUGCUCGGGACCGACAGAAGAGUUAUGCUGAUAAACGGCGGAGACGGUUGGAGUUCGAAGUCGGUGAUGAGGUCUUCCUAAGGAUUUCUCCUUGGAAGGGCAUCAUUCAAUUUGUAUCGAGGGGAAAGCUUAACCCCCGAUACAUAGGUCCGUUUGAGAUCCGUGAAAGGAUCGGGGCCGUGGCUUAUCGUCUCAAGUUAACGCCUGAACUUGAGAAGAUACACGACGUGUUUCAUGUAUCAAUGCUCAAGAAGUACAUACGAGACCCAUCUCAUAUUCUUGAUAAACCACCGGUAGAGAUCCGUGAGGACUUACAAUAUGCGGUUGAACCAGUGAAGAUUGUUGGUCAACAAGUAAAGAAAUUGAGGAAUAAGGAGAUUCCUAUGGUAAAGGUCCUUUGGAGAAGUGAUCGAGUCAAGGAAGAAACGUGGGAGACCGAAGUCUCAAUGAGGGAACAAUACCCAUUUCUUUUCAAUUAGAUACUUGGAUUUCGGGGACGAAAUCCCAAAUAAGGGGGGGUGAACUUGUAACACCGUCCCCAAAUAUAUUUACGUUCAUGUAAAUAAUGUAUUGAACCUUAUUAAAGGAUUAAUGAAUUUACGAAGUUGUAAAUUUUUAUUAUUUCUUUCGCGUGAAUAGUAAAUUGCACGUGGGACCCACACCGGGAGCGAGGGGCCACCCGAUAUUCCCGAGAUCACAUAAAUCAUUCUUAUGGGUCGAAAUAAUAUUUAUAUAGUGGUGGAUAUUUUAUUUGGGUCGUGAAAAGGCCCAGAGUUGACCGAUUGGGCAAAAGAGGCCCAAAUACCGGUACCGACAAUUUAACAGAUAACAGCCCGAAAAUGAAUUUCGGAGACUUCUAAAUUAAUGUUUUGGAAUACAUAUUAUUUCAAAAGGACAUUACGAUUGAGAACACGUAAAAUAUUUUAUUGAACCCGAUAAAAUAAAAUAUAUUUAAAACAGUCCGAAAAAUACAACUUUCGGGACCGAUUGUACCUUUCGGGACAAGUUGGGAUGACCUCCCACAUGAGUGGGGGCCACCCCACGUUUUUGGGUCUCAAAUGGGACUUGUGUGGCCGCACAACAUGUGAAGAUGAAGCUAAAUUGAUUGGAAUGGGAUCAUUUGAGGUGUGGACCUCACCCACACACAUUAUUUGUCAAUUAAGACAAAGAAGGACACUUCCUACCUCUUUCCUCAUCCUUGUGCUCGACCAACCCCUCCAAGGAGAAGAAAAUUGAACUCUCAAAACACUCUCCAUUGCUGCAACUCGAGCUCAAGCCAUAGAGGUCCAAGGAGGAAGAUUUGAGAAGGAAAAAUCUAGGAAAAGUGUGAAUGAUAAAGGAACUUGUAAAGGGUAUUUCAAGUGGUUUCACAAAGUUGGAAAAGUCGCCGGAGUUGUCGCCGGAGUUGACCAAAAGUCGCCGGAGUUUCACCGGAGUUCAACUAAGAAGGGUAGAACUUCAUAACGCUAGUUCAAGGUUGAAGCUAGGGCUUGCCACCUGCACCUUCCUACGGGUGACAUCAAAUCAAGGAAGACGUGGUUCGUGCUUCCUCAUUUUAUUUCAAAUUACCAAACAUUGCUCAUGGAUAUUUUUAUUUGUUAUAAACUAUUCUUUUGGGGCUUGCAUGCCCAUGUUAUUGGCCGGUUGUGGCUUAUGACUUACCGUUGAAUAUUUCCGCUAUUCAUUGGUUUAAAUGUGAUGUUGUUAUGUAUGUUUAC